AUGAAUCCUACCUUUCUUCCAGGCAAUUCUCUUGAUUUAUAUUGCAAUGCCUCAGAGAACGACCCCAAUGGCUUCUUUGACGACCUCUUUACCGCCAACGGGGACCUCACAGGCUUGGAAGCCAGCUUCGGGAGCGAUCGACUGCCUGGCAUUAGUUGGGACGAUUAUCAUCUUAUAACAGAAGAUCAGCUGCCGGAGGGCGCUCCUUACUUUGAUAUGCCUGCCGGGAACGGACCAGGCUUCUCCAACAUCAACACUUCGGGUGCCCCCCCGACGUUUAACGUUACUGCUGGAAGUGCAGAUAUCAGGUCAGGUGCCCCCUCGACGUUCAAUUCUGGCGCAGAAAGCGCUCUCGCCAACACGACAAUCGGCUCGCCGAUACAUACACAAAACGCAGGCAUCAACGUAUCAGGCAGCCUCCCAAUGUCGAAUCUCGCCGCAUCAGGCGCUCUCUCACCGUUUGACUUCACUGCAGGAAGCGCAAACGUGAACAUGCCGAUCGACCUCCAGACUCCAAUCGAACAGUCAUCUUUCCAAGGAUUUAGUUACGGAGCCUUUCUCGAUGGCACAAACGGGGGCGCUUAUAUGCUGAACGGCGGUUGGGUUAGUACCUGCCAGCAAGCACGCCAACCUAUUGGCAUACAUGCACCCUUGGCUUUGCCAAAUACUCACUUGAAGAUCUCUUCGUCUCCCAACACACCGCCAACAACACCCCAACGGCGCCCAUCCCUGGCAGCAAUGCCAGAUACGUAUUCGAAGAACUCUUCGAAUACGUCUUCCGAAACGCUGUCGCCGCCAAAGAGAAGCCAGCCCAGUUCACCGCGAGCACGGCGACGGCCCAAAAGGCGAAAAGGAGCCGAGGAUACUUUAGUCUUCGUCCACGACAAGCUGUCCAUGUCGACGGACUUCUACCCGAAUCCUGAUAAUCAUGGCCGCUUCGAAUAUUCGACCACGGCGGGCUGGCGGUAUUUGAACGCGCCAGGGGCGGCGGAGAAACGACGAGAGGAGCGACAACGUCAUCAGGAGGGCAACUAA